UUUCUCUUUUAUAUUCUCUCAAUGUUCUAAAAUAGCCCUGCUGUGGAAGAGGAUGCAUUGAUGAAAAUGAGAUUUUUUUAUUUGCGGUCUUUCUCUCUCUCAAGGAGUUCUCAUUGGAAGUGUCUUUGUUCUUUUAUUUGUAUUUAUUCAUGUCCAUUCCGCUCCUUGUACGGCUGUGUUGCUACUAGGGAAAAAGGUUAGUGUGUCUGUGAGGAGCCAGCCGAAGUGAUCGAGUGACUCUGCGUGAAGAGAGGAGAGGGGGAUGUCUGGCUGUAUCGCGCUGUGACUGUGAAUCCACGACCACCCCGGAGAGACAGUGACUGGGAUGCCAUCGUUAACCUUAGAACUCUCUCGUUAACUAACCCACAGCCUAGAACGCCACAGCCUGGAACGCCACAGCCUGGAUCGGACAGGUCAGGGAUAAGGAAAGAAGAAAGAGAAGAGACACAGAGAAAGGAGGGAAAUCCUUCCAUCGUUCCUGUAGCAGGGUUGUGCUGUGCGUCUGAUGUGCGGUUACUGCCAAGCACCAUGGAUAUAAACGUGCAGUCUCACCGGUUCUACUUCCCUCAGAUCUACUGUACUGAGGCAGUGCCUGCUGGAGCCCAGGUCCAGGUCACAGCGCAGGAAUUUAAAGUCAGUGAGCAGAGUAUCUGCCAGGCGCGAGCUUCUGUCAUGGUGUAUGAUGACAGCAGUAAGAAAUGGGUUCCCAUUAAGCCAGGCCAGCAGGGCUUCAGCCGCAUCAACAUCUACCACAACACUGCCAACAACACCUUCCGCGUGGUGGGAGUCAAACUACAAGACCAGCAGGUGGUGAUCAACUACUCCAUAGUGAAGGGGCUGAAGUAUAACCAGGCCACGCCCACCUUCCACCAGUGGCGUGAUGCCCGCCAGGUCUACGGACUCAACUUUGCCAGCAAGGAAGAAGCCGCCACCUUCUCCAAUGCCAUGCUGUUCGCUCUCAAUGUCCUCAGCACUCAGGACGGAGGCCCAGCAGUCCAGCGCCAAGUCCAGAAUGGGCCCACUACAGACGAGAUGGAGGUGCAGAGAGCAAGACAGGUUAUGGAGCAGCAGCAGAAGCAGGCACACAUGGAGAGGGAACGACGAUCCUCGAACCCAGGUUCUCCUUUCCAAGGCCAUCCUGGUGUGCUUUCUGUAGCCCCCCCAACUCCCAUGCCUCCCCCCAUGUCCAUGGGUUGUGGCCCCUCCUCUUUAGGUGGAGGCCCCCCCUCCCUGGGUGCCUCUAUGCCUCCUCCCCCUCCUGGCCCACCUCCCCCCUCGGAAGGUGCUCCCCCGCCCCCCCUGCCUCCACCGCUGCCCAUGGAUGGAGGCGGACAGGGUGAAGAGGCUCCCGCCCCAACGGGACUCGCUGCCCUGAUCGCUGGAGCCAAACUGCGCCGUGUCAAUAGACCUGAGGACUCUAACUCUUCAGGAUCGGGGACCAAAAACGAAGCCAACCGGACAAGUGGUGGCAGCGGAGGACUGAUGGAGGAGAUGAACGCUCUGCUGGCGCGGAGAAGGAAAGCAGCAUCAGAGAAGCCUGAGGACAACCAAAUCGAUGACCCCAAUAGGUCCCCUUCCCCCGGCAUCAAGGGUGGACAGAACGCCACAGAUGGUGUGAAGAAGCCAUGGGACAGAGCCAACUCUGCAGAGAGGUCAUCACUGGUAUCAAGGGUACGACCUGUGGGGAGUAGCAGCGACACAGAUGCCUUAGACUUUGACAGAAUGAAGCAGGAAAUCUUGGAAGAAGUUGUUCGUGAAUUACACAAGGUGAAGGAUGAGAUCAUUGAUGUCAUUAGACAAGAACUGAGCAGAAUCAGCACGACAUAAUCUGUCAUGUACAUUUUGGAACCAUUGUCCCCACGGCAACCACUGCUGUGUCUGAGGAGGCAAGGAGAGGAUCGAGGCCCGAACUACAACCAUUUAUUUAUUCUACGUUGCUGUGAUGUUAAAGCAACGUGACAAUGUUGCUGUAACACUACAGGAACAGUUUGUUUACGUUACGUUUAGAAGAAUGGGAUAGAUGGAGGACACUCUCGCACUGAUUUUUUUCACUUUCUAUGGUCUUGUUUUUCUCUUUUUUCUUUCUCUAUCUGUCCAUCGGUAACCAAUGUUUACUGUCUGUUUCCCGUCUUAAAGGAAACAAUUAUGAAAUUCAAUUAAGUAACAUCUUGGUUUUCUAGGAGUUUUUAUUUAUAAAAUGUUUGUUUGACAUUAUUAUUACUAUCAUUGUCAUUAAUAUGACUAUUAUUUGUAUUAUUGUAGAUGUAAUGGUGUGAAUAUAAGUAGUAGCAGUUUUAGUGACGACAAUAGUAACAAAAUUAUUAUUAUAAUGACACUGAUGAUAAUCAUUUUAUGUCAGCCUUUUAUAUUUGAUAUUGUAAUUUUUUUUUCUCUUUUGAUUUUGUUUUAAAAUACAAUUAUAAGCACAUACGGAUUUAUUUCUCAUGACCUGACCUCAACAUUUUUACAGAGUUUUGUAUCCUUUUUCGCCAAACACAAUUGUGUGUGUGUAAUCACUGACUGAAAGAUUUUUUAAAACAGGUCUUGAACCUGAAAGAGAGGGUGGUAUAUAAACUAUUGCUCUUUGGAUAUUGCAAUCUUAUGAGCAAAAAAAGAAUAAUACACCACAGUAUUUGUGAUCAUGUUGUUAAUAAAAUGUUUCUUGGCUGCAACGAUAUGGUGAAGUAUUGUUUGUUUUACUAUUUCCUUUUAUGACCAAGUGCUUCCUGGUAAAAAAAAAUGUUAUAUAUAUAUAUAUAUAUAUAUACACACACUAAAAUGAUUUCAAAUAAAACUGUGAACAAUG